GCGUGCAUGUCUUUAUUCAAUAGGAGCAAUACUACAAUACACUAAAGGAUCCACCUAAAAGCAACUUGGACAUUAUAGUCGUUUCGAAUGCGAUUUGUACAAAGGGCCGCCACAGUGUGCAGGGGCUCGUACUUCACGAUGUCGCCCAGAGAAUGACAGCUUUUUCUAUUCCAAGAACUCAGCUUCAAGGUACGAAACUGAGACGCGAGCAUUGGAUUUACGUGAAUUUUUUUAAUUCGGUGAAGCGUCUGGGCUGCUUGUGAAGAAGGAGUAAUCCCACUGGAGCUUUGUGUCAAAGAUGAAAAGAUCGCGAUGCGUUUAGUUGGACCGGUACACAUUUUGAACCCUUUUCAAAUUUUUCAAUCGUGCAACUAGACCUUCUUUCACUGCUUGUACUGGAAAUUUUUCAUGCUCUUGGGCUGAAUCCGCAUCGCCCUUUUCUAGCCUCCGCGGGUUGUCCCUUUUUUUAUCCUUUCGUGCGUAUCUCAGUUCAGGAUCUCUUUGAGAGGUGCCACUGCACGUGUCACCAGGUAGGAGGAACUCACUGACAAACAUCAUUUGCGACUGAGAAGCAUUUUAGGAAAAUUUUAAAUGUGUGACGAUGUACAGACUAUUUGUCAAACUUCUACUAUAGCUAUCUUCUAUUUUUAUCCUCUUCCUCUUUUUAUUCCAUUUGAAAUAUAGAUACUGCGAUAACUCUCAUCGUAUUUGUUUUAUUUACAGACAUAAAAAUAAUAUUUAUAGAAGCCUUACAAAGAAGUGGACUAAAGCAAUGAUGCCAUUAAAAUCCUUCACACAAAAGCAGUGUAAAAGUAAUAAAUUUAGGGCUCUUCUCCGGUGGUCGCCUAUCGUUGGAUUAAUCGGCACACUUUUCAUAGUCCUUUGGCUAUUUUACGUUGGUGAUUCGAAACCGAUCUCCUCUGAACCCUCGGUAUUUUCCAAAGAUGACUUGCAGGAUAUCUUUGUUCGAACCACAGGGCCUCGUGUCGCUAUCUUCAUUAUGAGUGAUAAAAUUGAUGAUACGCUUUGCUAUUCAGUGGGCUCAGCCUACCUAAGCGGGCUGCCCGUAGUGGUAGCCGGCUAUCAGAUGAAAUACAAAGGGUUUCUAUCCAAGUUCGAUUUUAUGGAAAGGGCCAUCAAGAAUGCGCAGCUGAAUCCGGAUGAUGUUGCCAUUUUAAUGGAUUCCGACACGGUUUUUACUGGUGCAGACAUUCAAGCUUUUCUUGAUCGUUUCAUCGCACAGUCCGCCGCGACGCCGGAGGAGUUGGACGCACUGAGUGUGCGGCAGGGCCGUGCGAUGGCACCGAUCGUAGCGCUCGCGGAGGAUUGUUGUUGGGCACCGAAUUUAUACUCUGGGCAUGAGGAUUGUGCAAUUGGGUAUGAAGCGGUUUAUGAAAAGGUUCGUGCGUAUGCGGCCUCACACCCGGAGCAUAAGCUCGCUUUAGCGUUUGACCAAUCUCCAUAUCGCCAUUCCAACAUGGGUAUUAUGAUUGUCCGUGUGUGGGCGUACAUGGAAUACCUAGGGAAGGCUAAAAAGUUAACAGAAAUCCUCAAACCAACCUCUAGAAUCGAGAGAGGAUGGUAUUGCGAUCAAUCCAUCUUUUCACGCUUCUAUCAGGAUCUCUUAACGUGGGAAGUUGAGCAGGAUGUUUUCUCGAUGUCGUUGCAUGACCGACAGGCGGCGCGGUCCACUCACGGUAUGCGUGCCGGUUUCAUCGGGUUAGACUACGCUAGUGCGCUUUCGGUGGUUAUUGCGCUCAGAUACAUACACCAAACCGAAAUUCACGAUGAGCUCUGGGCGAAAUACCUGCCGUCAGACGGGAUUGAACACCCGCACUCACAUGAGAUAGAUGGAAUCGAGAAUGUCGGUCGCUUUGCAGAGGACCUUUAUAAGCGAGCGUACGCCUCACACGGUAAGGAGAUUUACACGAGGCUUGCCGUACCCAAGUGGGUGGACGGGAAAAGAACUUCUGAGACAACCUUCAUCAGCCUCACGCCACCUCUUUUUGCAUCCAAGCUGAGGCCCAUCGACACCGUCAACGAUACGACGCGUCAUACGUUCCCGGUAAUUUUGCAUGCGUCCGAUCUCGAGUAUGGUUAUACCAAGGUCAAAAAACUCGAGUAUGCCUCCGUAGGUGCACCGUGGUUCAUGCCGAUGGUUUAUGAUGCAGAGAUAUUGCAACAGAACGAGAAGUACCUGGAAUCUAUACCAUUGUUUCUAUCUACCGAUAAUAACAUACUUAAAACCUCUUACAACUCUAACUGUAGCUUUCCAUUUGAAAGAAUCAUAAAAAAGGUCCAAAAUUUAUAA